AAAAACGCCCGAGCCGAAUAGAGAGAAAACUCCGAGCGCGAACCCCAGCGAAAUAAAAUAAAAACUCUCCCGCUUCUCACACGCUCGCCGUCGUACAAUUGCACGUUCACCAUUUCAAAACUUCGCCGUUCUCUCUCUCUCUCUAUCUCUCUCUCUCUCUCUCUCUCUACGCGCGCGCGCACACAUACAUGCAUGCACCGUCCCUGACGCCACACUUUCCGGCCGCCACAUCCUCGCUAACCGUAUCCCCGCCGUAACCGGUCACCGACACACGCUAAACCACCUCAACCCCCGAUUCUAACCCCAUCCCUCAACCCCGCCGCCGUCAUGGACUCCGACACCGGAACGCCGUCGCCGGCGAAGGCGCCGCUAGCCAGGACGACGCCGUUUUCGGGUCGCGAGGAUUGCUGGAGCGCUGACGCCACCUUUACCCUCAUCGACGCCUGGGGGGAGAGGUAUCUCGAGCUCAAGCGCGGGAACCUCCGGCAGAAGCACUGGCAGGAGGUCGCCGACGCCGUCAACUCCGACCACUGCGACGGCCCUAAGUCUCGCCGGACGGACAUCCAGUGCAAGAAUCGCAUUGACACGCUCAAGAAGAAGUACAAGAUCGAGAAGGCUAGGGUUUCCGAUUCCGACGGAACCUACGUCAGCCCCUGGCCCUUUUUCGCUCGCCUUGACGCCUUGAUCGGCGCAACCUUUCCCGUCGCCAAGAAGCUCUCUCCUCUGCUGGCGACGGCCGCCGGCGGUUACCGGAAUCCGUCGCCGCCGUCGUGGGCACGGUACUCGCCGGUGCCGGUCGGCCCCCGAUCCGCUACUCUGAAGCGGCCGGCGCCGCCGGCGCCGUUCGCCGUGGAUUACGAGGGAUCGGCUAGGAACUUCUCCGCGUUUGCAGCAGCGGCCGUGGCGGCUCUUGCGGAGGAGGAGGCGGAGGAUGAGGAAUCCGACCGAUCGGGGUCUCGGUCGAGCAUGAAGAGCCGGGGAAGGGAUGAGAGGGAGAGAGAGCCGAUGUACAGGGAAUUGGCGAAGGCGAUAGAGAGGUUCGGAGAGAUAUAUCAGAGAGUGGAGGUGGCGAAGCAGAGGCAGAUGGUUGAGUUGGAGAAGCAGAGGAUGCAAUUCGCCAAGGAUUUGGAGUUCCAAAGGAUGCAGCUUUUCAUGGAAACGCAGGUUCAGCUUCAAAAGAUUAAGCGCGCCAAGCGAUCUCCCGGCGCCGACAGUUACUCUUAGCUUCGCGGUCGAAUGAGUCAUCAUGGUUUGUGGCUGCUUCUCUUCAAAAGGUACAGCGAGUUUACUAAGAACUGCAUACGGUUUUCGUUUGUUUUGGGUGAAGCACUAUGCUGAAACGGACUUUGAAGUGGUCAGACAAAAAUGUGGUAAUACCUUUAUGUGAAUUAUUUUCGUUACUCUUUUCUUUUAGGGAGCACUAGAAAGAUGUAACUAUGUUUAUUGUUAAUUUUUUUAAAAUUUUCCAUAUUAGUUGUUCUCCCUCUUAUCAUCGUUUGGUUUCUAAGCUUGUUUGCUGUAUAAGAAAGGGUUUAGUUUUAUUUAUUUAAGGAAAAAAAAAUCUUCAAAUCCAACUCAGAAAUAGUUUUUGAGCAUUGAGAAUAUGCCUAAAUAAACUUAUUUCUGACAUGUUCAUGUUCAUGACAUCUCUUCUCUAAACUGAUUAUCAUUCGUGUUCUUGUCUACAACAAUUACUGGUUUGUGCUUUUAUCGAGGCAAAAGUUGUUGAAUAAGCAAGAUAAGCUUAAUAAUGUACAUCGCAAUAACACAUCUAUUACCUAUUUCCUCAUAUAUGGGAUGUGAUAUUGUUCUGAAGCAUUAACCAGUGCUCUUCAUCAUCGCUGAAAAAAGGAAAAAAAAAAAAGAAAAAAGAGAGAAGGUAUUGUU